GCGUGCCCUGUUCAUCCGUGGCGUAAGAUGGCGCUGCCCUUUGGUCGUUCGCUGUGCCUGAGCCGUUGGGGAGCCAAACGAUUGGGGGUUGCCGCCGUAGAUGCCCGCAGAGGCGUCAGUUUCAAACUGGAAGAAAAGACCGCUCACAGCAGCCUGGCACUCUUCAAAGGUGACACAGGUGUCAAAUACGGCAUGGUGGGAUUGGAGCCCACAAAAUUGGCCCCGAAUGUGGAGCGCUUCCGGGAGUGGGCAGUGGUGCUGGCAGACACAGCGGUUACCAGUGGCAGGCACUACUGGGAGGUGACAGUGAAGCGCUCCCAGCAAUUCCGGAUAGGAGUGGCAGACGUGGAUAUUUCCCGGGAUAGCUGCAUCGGUGUUGACGAUCGUUCCUGGGUGUUCAUCUAUGCUCAGCGCAAGUGGCACACCAUGUUGGCCAACGAGAAAGCCCCUAUUGAGGGCAUUGGGCAGCCAGAGAAGGUGGGGCUGCUGCUGGAGUAUGAGGCCCAGAAGCUGAGUCUGGUGGAUGUGAGUCGGGUUGCUGUGGUCCACACACUACAGACAGAUUUCCGGGGUCCAGUGGUGCCUGCUUUUGCCCUUUGGGAUGGAGAGCUGCUGACCCAUUCGGGGCUUGAGGUGCCUGAAGGCCUCUAGUAUGUCCAUCACUGGAGUCCCUAAUCACGCUCUUGGCCAGCCUCCUGAUCCAAGUGUCUGAAACCUUUUAACUGUGCCCCAAGCAACUGCUAGCUCCCACAAUUCAGUGAUGGAUCCUCUGUGCAAUAUCUGUCAGCUUCCUCUCCCCUACCUUGUGAAAGCUAGGCAUACAGCUACCCUCUCCCCUCCCCCAGACUAUUGCCAAUUUCCUAGGCUACCAUGAAUGUACUUUCUCUGACUUGCUUCCUUCAGUCUCUCUGCCUCCCUGUGCCCAGGACUUUCUCAGACUGUAUUCAGUCCUAGGGUCUUACUUUUCAGCUUUGUUUGAAUUUAUUCAUCACUGUGCUACUUCUCCUUCCCUUUGCCCACAUGUAACCUGUUUGUUUUGGGGGCUUUACCGAAUCUCUCCAGAGUAAAUCCUUUCUACCUCUGGCUGGAGGAGUGGUGCAGUGAAUGACUUUGCCCUUUCUGUACAGCACGUACAGAGUCUGGGCUCUGGCUCCCUCAGGUAGUGCUUUAUUGACUGUGUCAGAAUGAGAACAGAGCCCUCCUUGCCUAAUACCUCAGUGUUACAGACUCUCAGCCCCAGACAGCUGCAGCUCUCCUCACCCUGAGUCCAUCUGCCUUAAUUUGCACACCUCUGACACUUGGUCAAUCUGUUGCAAUCAUUGGACCAGUUACAACCAUGACCAAAGGGGAAGAGACAUGUGGGGAUUAGUACUAGAAACUUUAUUCUUGAGAAGUUCCAUCUUCAUUUCUGCUAUAGUUGUAACUUGCAGAGGGAGGAGGGAGGCCUGAAGUCUUGCACAAUCCAAUUUGGGGCCUGUUCAGACCCAAGCACUUGUCCCCACUUGGAGCAGAAUACACUUAGCCUAAAGCAGUAUUUGGGAUUGAAAAGAACCUAGUGGGGUGAGUAUAUAUGUGAAAUAUGUAUUCUUUGGGCUCUGUAUGACCCUGUGGUUCCAUCUUACUCUACCUUUAUGAUGGUGACGCAGCUGGAUGGCCCUAGGGGAGAAAGAGAAGGACUGGGUCUAGCAAAAAUAAUAAUUUGUGUAAUUAAAGUUUAUUUGAGCACAAAAUACUUCCUCUGUCUAUAAAAUUGCUGUUAGCAGUAGCAGCACUUCCUGGUCAAGGGGGGCAGAUCUCUCCAGACGACUAAAGCCUGGUGCAUAGCUCCUCUCUUUCUCUGUGGAUAUAUACAUGUGCGUGGUGGCUAGAGCCCCUUACCAGAGUAUCUCUCUCUCAUAAUGGCUUCUUCAGAGAGAGGAAGAGGGGACCUGCGUGAAGACCUGGGAUGAUCUGGAGUGGGCUAAGCCAUUAGGCUGUCCCUUAAAGAAGCCCACAAUCUUCAUGGAUAGCUCUACUGCAGGAGUCCACAAAGGCACUUCUCUAUACUCUGUCUGCCAACGGAAUGGGGUAUUUUGACUCUCACUGAAAGCACUGCCCCCCCGCCCCCCCACCACCACUGAAGCAGUGCGGCCCUCUGUAGCAUGUUUGGUGGUUAUAUGUUAAGUGUGUGGCCAGCUCGUGCUUCUCUUAUGCAGGGACUGUGCAUGCCCCAUGCUCACACCAUGCUCUCUAAGUUCUCUUUGGACAGGGCCUCAGCUGUUGCUUCAGCCUGAGUCUCAGAUGGUGUGUAUGAGUCCUGGUAAUCUUGGAGCAGUUUAACCACCUCCAGGUGGUUGAACUGCACAGCAUCAUUCAGGGGGAUGUUGCCCCACCUGAGAGGAGGAACAAAGACCAUGAUCAGGCAAAGAAGACAUCAAGAGUGCCCUGGUUAUAUACAUAACUGUGGUGGCUGGAGGGCCGUGGUGGAGAAGCUGCUGCCCACCUCCCUUCCCCCCACUUUCAGCUUAAUCCUACUCACCUGUCCUUGACAAAAGGAUUCACUUUGCAAGCCUCAAUAAGGAAUUUAACAACUUCAGUGUGUCCUAGGAAUACAGGCAGAAGGAAAAUGAGAGGGUAUAGAUCCUGACCCUUUUGGUGUUAACAUUAGUACAGACCCUUGGCAGCUAGAGUCUGAACUAAAAGGGGAGGGGGGAAAGGCCUCUUCCCAUUUUCGCUCCCUGCAGCACCCAAUAAGAGCCUGCAAACUGAAGCACAGCUGGACAAAACUAGUUGCUGCCCUUGUAACCUUGAGGGCACAUACAAUGCGGGGUACUCUUGGUAGAAAAGAAAGGUCUUAGGAUCUGCUUCCUCUCUUAUUUAACCUUCAGAUACCUUCAGCUGCAGCAACAUGCAGGGCUGUGCGGGAGUCAUAGUCUUUCUGUUCCAUGUCCAUGGCUGACAAGGCAAACCUGAGAGGAGUGGAAAGUAGCUGGAGUUACCCAGAUCAGCCUAGAAUCACUGGUAUCCUUUCUGAAGUGGGGUCAGACUGGAUGAGUUCCAGAAAAAGCAAAACAGAGCUUAUACCAAGAUCUGUAGACCGUGUACAGUCUGUGUUCUUUAUCCAGAUGAGACUGCUACUCCUACGUCAGAGAGAUGGGAGUGUGAUGGUUCCAGAAACAUCACUGCCUACCUGUAGUAGGUGCCCAGUACAUAUUUGUUGAUGUUGGUAAUCCAUUUGAGGCAGGGUCCUUACCAGCCUCCUAGGACUCUGCUUUUAACACCCAGGUUAAUCAUAACGGUGGCUACCAUUAAUUAAGUUCUUAUCACAUGGCAGUCACUGUACCUUUUUAAAAAAACUCAUUUAAAUGUAGUCUCUGACCAUUCAGUCUGACUCUAAGGCUGAAGCACUUAACUAUAUUGCUAUGUUGACGGCUAAUGAGGUCUCUGACCAGGAGUAUUUUAUUGUGUUUAUUUGGUCAGAGUAGAAGUACCUUCGAAGAGCUGAGACAUCUCCACUAUAGGCAGCAAAUAACAGGUUCACCACAGUUUUGUUCUGGAAAACAAAUCAUACCCACCUGAGAUUAACUGUGACUUUGAACCCACCCAUGCCCAGCUCUACCCUGUCGCCCUCCCGCAUGGAUGCUUAGCCAAGGGUUUUACUGAAGUGUUACGGAAUAUUCUCUUCUGAAAUAGUCUUACAAGCCACCUGGGGUUUUCCUUACCCGAACUUCUCCUCCUUCAUGCCGUGGGUCUAAUUUCCGAGCGCAGUGCCUCAGGUUGUCAUAGUUGUGGAAAUUGAAGAGAGAUACCAACUUCUAGGAUUGUAAGGCAAAAAGAUUGUUUACUUCCUCCCUGUACUUAGUAGGAGCUCAAAAUUGCUUUAUUUUCUCAUUCAAAAAUAUUAAAUACUAUAUGCAAAGUGACUUACUUGGCAGAAGCUGACACCCCUAUAGCUGUUCCCCAGCUUGUCCAGGGGAGGUGAUAGACACAUCAUUCCCAUGAUAUUGGGCACCACCAGGAGGAUGGCUCCUGACACAGCUGACUUGGCUGGCAGGCCCACCUUGGGGACAAAGUUGGAACUGUGGAUGAGCAAGAGGUGCCCCAAGUCUGUGUUAACAAGUUAGUCUAUCCCAAAUGACUUCAUGGGCAAGGCCACAGCCAUCUCAACCUAUUGGCUUGUUAAUUAGCUUUUCUUACUCCUGUCCUCCCCUGCCCCCUCUUAAAUUUAUGGCUUCAGUAAGGAAAUAUUUACUGAGUAUCUACUCUGUGCCUGAUGAUGUGCUAGGACUAGGACAAGGUCUCUCAGUUAACUUACAUUCUGGUGGUAGGACAGAGACAAUAAAUAGGUAAACAAACAAAUAGACAAAAAUAAUCACAACUUAUGAUAACAUGUUAGGAAAAAAGGAGGGUGCUGUGAUAGAGAAUGAUGUGGGAGGGAGAGCCCAGUGGAGAGAGGGUGGUCAGAAAAGCCUCUCUUUGGAAGUGACAUCCUGUAUGAGACCUGGAAGAGAAUCACCAGCGAUGUGAGGGGCGGCAGAGGAGUGGUUCUGAAGUUGCACUGUCAUGUGUUUAUGUGUUUGAGGGACUUACUGUGUUUGACAAACUCCCCUAAGGAUUCUUGGCCUAAUUGCCCGGCUGGAAGUUAGUGAGUGAGAGGCAGGAACAGGUGUCCACCUCUCCACCUUCAGAGACUCGGUGUCCCCUUUUCUUGGCUCUGGGCUCAUGGCAAAUGGAUGGCAGGGCCAGAAGCACUCACAUGGAAAGCAAACUGGCCCGAGAGGUCAUACAUGCCGCAGGAAUGCAUGAGGCUGAGGGUGUUGCGCACUGCUUCAGCGCUCAGCACGCUCUCGCCUGUGAUGGGGCAGAUCCCGCCAUUGGCCAGGGUGGCUGCCAUGACACUGCCUGAUUCACAGGUCACCUCCACGGAGCACAGCUGUGGAGACGAGGCAGAGGUGAGGGUCCGGUGUGGACCUGAAUGCUGUGCUCUGAGGUGUAGAGCAAUGUUCUUGACAUCCUGAUCCUUCAGUAAGUUCCCCUGGUGUUUCUGAAGGAUGCCAGAACCACUGGAGAUGAGUAUCCCUCUUGUGGGUCAGAGCAAGGAAGGCAGUGUGUCCCGUUCCCUUGGUGCUGGGCUGAAUGGCGGCAUCUGCUUACCUGGAAGUAGAGAUCCAGGGCAGCCAUCAUGUCCACCCCUUUAGGAAAGCACUGCAAGGAAGAAGAGGGGAGAGCGUUUCUCAGGCCAUCAGCAGCCCCUGUCACACUGCCAGGACCUCAGCCGAAGUCCCCAGCCCCCAUCGCCCUUCCACCAGCCACAGAAUUCCCAGGGACUUUGUACCAGCCUCUCCCAGUUACCUUCUUUUCCUUUAGAUAAUAGCCGAUGGCAUAAUUCCGAUCCCCUGUUUCCUUCUCUGACUGGAAUCUGAAGCAAACACCCAAUUUAGUACUUGACAUUUGAGGGAUGGGUGUGAGGAGAAGGGGAAAAAAUACCUUCCCUGAGAGAGACAGAACUAGAUCACACAUGUCAAACUAAAUCAGCCCCUUUAUUAAUUCUCACACUUACACUGGAGAAAACUUCCGAACCUGAGAAAGCACUGGGUCCAGCUUUAUUGUAAAGUGUGAAAAACAAAACCAAACCCAAAAUGAUCUAGUCAUUUAGUCUAGGAAAAUGAGGUUUUUGGCUUUGAGAGACUUGGCAAGAGAGGGCCCAGGUGCAAACUCUCACACUGUCUUUCUCAUUAAGUACCAAAUAGAAAUGGAACAGAUCCUUUUACAAAGCAAACAAAUGUCCAUGAAGGGGCUCAGAGGAAGCUGAAAGGCCAAGGUUCCCCUGGGAUUUCUUCUUCCUAAGAUUCUAUCCUCCUCCUCCAUUCCCCGCCCCCCACAUACGUAUACACACACACACACACUCAAACACACAUCCCCACACACAUUCAGCCAAUCCUGUGAACAGGGCCUUACGUGGCAUUGCUGAAACCCAUGUAUUCAUUCCCAGCCAUUUUAUUCAGAUACUGCAAGACCUGGAAGAGAAAAAGGGGCAUGGGAGGCACCCCAUGCGUAAGGACCCCUAGUAAACACAUAGGCUGAUUAACCCUUCUGCACUCCUCAGUCCUUAUCCCAGCAGGGACUUCAGGAGGCUUUCUUCCCUCACGCCAGCAGAUUCCUACACCUCUGGAAAUAAGGCUUCUAGUAUGGGCUGGUACACCAUCAAAGUGGGGUUAGAGCCAGGCACUGGGACAGCUGGAAUGGACAACAUGCCAUGGAGAAAAGCAGCCAGGGGCUGAGCAGUGAGGGAACUUACAAAAUCAAACUUCUCUGCUUUGUUACAGUCCAUCUGCAAGGAGACAAAAAGAGAUAUCAGUAUUCUAAGCCUAGGAGGAUGACAGGGAGGGUCAGAAGGAUGUAGUGGAGAUAAAGUGUUAGACCGGUUUUGCUACUGGGUGUGUGUUGCAUUUUACAAUUUUUUUUUUUAACAACUGAGACUUUUUUAUAUCCAUGCAUACCUAGUGAUCUUAAAAACCAAAUCAUUUAGAUUUUAUUAUCAGGUAAUGAGUACAGAUAAGCUCACCCCAGCUAUGAGUCUCACCCAUCCCUGAGUCUCACUCUCAUUUCCAUUUUCAAUGCCAACCAUCAUCCCUGACUCCCACUUUCAUUUUCUUGAUUCCAAUCCUGUUCCCAAGCCCCACCCCUAUUCCUGGUCCCCAUCCUCAUUCCUUACACCCCAGGCUGGAGGCUUCCUCUAUCCUACCCCUGACUCCCAUGGCCAUUUCCAAGACUGGAGUGAGUGAUGGGAAUGGGAGGAUGGUGUGUGUUGCAUACAUUAUAAUAUUCAAUUAUAUCAAUUAUAUUGAUAACUGAAAUAAAGCUAAAGAUUUUAGCUAAGAGUCAAGUCAGUAGGGCCUGUUUAGAUAGGAAUGGGAUGAGGCAGGCCCCAGAUACAGGGCUGUAGAUAGAGCUAUCCCGGAGCAAGGGGAGAGCCUGAGCCUGGUCCAUCCCCCUCCCCCCACCCCACAAUUGCUUCCUGUACUCGUCAGCUAUAGUGUCAACACCACAGGGACUCUGACACUUGGGUCCCUGGGGGGAGGGUUCCUAACACCACCUUCCCCAGGAAGGGCUGUUAUUGGCUCUGGAUUGUUGCUGCCCACACUGCUCUCAGGUUCUUGCUCAAGCCCUGGGAGACCUACAGCUGACAGGCUGGCCAGACACCGUUGCUCAAGGCCAACUCACAGCUCCAGGUGACGUGAAUAGCUGCCCUGUUCUGGCCAUUCACCCUUCUUUCCAUGUGUCCCUUACCCACAAGUGGCCAAUCAGUACCUAACAGAGCUGUCCUCCCCCUGUGUGUGGCAUUUGGUCCUUCGUGCUAGGCUGGGGUCAGGACCUGCUCACUUCCCUCAGAGCCAGGAAGCUCUGGGCUCCAGACUCAUGGGUAGGAGCUGGGAUACAGUUCCAUUUACUAACAUCCUCAGCAUAAUUUGUGAGUCCCUGCUGUGUCUUCACUGCCUCCUGGGCACCCUCAAAGGAAUCAAGUCCCCACCAAUCUCCCUGGAGAGACAGGCAGAUACGAGGGAUAUAGGAACAAGGGGGUUUAGAGAACAGUACCUUCCAGAAGGCUAGGGUGGCACUGACCUUGAUCAGGGAGCUCACAACAAUGGCACCAGCAUUGACCAUGGGGUUAUGGGGGAUUCCUGGGGAAAUACAAACCACCCAGAGUCUUACCAGCCACUGAGCAAAACCUUUACCGCCUGCCCACUCUGUAGGGUAAAUGGGAAAGAUCUCUUUGCUGGGGAGGAUGGAGUGACAGAGCUGAUCAGGAAGGGCAGAGAAACACACACCCUUGGGAGGAGGGUAGGGUAAGAAGGGGGCAUCUGUGAGUCUGGUCUGAGCCCAGGGAGUGCUCACCUUCCUCAUUGAGGGAGAGCUUAUUGUAGCGCAGGCCGCUGGGCUCCUUGCCCACGAACUUGUGCACGUAGUCAGUGCCUAGGGUGCUUAUGGAGAUGGCAUAGGUGAGGGGCUUCACACAGGACUGCAGGCAGAAGGGGAUCUUUGUGUGGCCCACGGAGUGCCUGGAGGCAAGCAGGUGCCAUGAAAGGGGUCGGACUAUGCUCUGCCCGUGUGCCCUGCCUCCCCUUCCUCACCCAGCAUCUCACCGCUGACCGUCCACAGUGCACAGGGAGACGCCCCACAGAUCUGGAUUUGACUUGGCCAGCUGAGGGAUGUAGGCCGCCACCUGGGUAUGAGUGGGUAGAGAAAACAGAGACAGGAUGAAGACAUGGAUGUGGAGAGGGGGAACAGAGCUGAGGUUCGGGUCAGGAGAAUCUUUUAGAUAAAAGCUAAAAUUCUGUCUUCUGCAAGACAAACAGGGUUCCCUCCUGCCUGUUGUUCCUAGAGACACCCAAGCCUUAAGUCCUAGAAGGCCUUGUAUUUCUGCAGCCCCACUCCUAUAGAGAUGGCAGUAAAGCCCAUAGAAGGUAUAAAGAGAAUUCUGGGGUCAGCUUCCCUUUUCUGCUCUUAGGCUUAAUUACCCUGUAGGUCUCUUUCAAAGUUCUAUUGAAUCCUUAUGUCAGCUGUCUCCAUAAAAACUUCAGAUUCCCUCACCUGUUCUAGAAAUCACAGGUAAAAUACAUAAAGCCCUUGUCCCCAUUUUUAGAGGUUCUGCUUCUCAUCACUCAUCCACUGAAUUCCCAGCCCCAGGAAAUCUCUGAGAAGCAAGGUAUAUCUGGUCCAGAGCCCUUGCCCAUCCCUCAGUCCCCUGGCCCUCACUUUGCCUCCAGUGAGCUCUUUGGCAUCCUCAAAGAUGCGGUCCACAUGGCUCGUGAACUCCUCAAAAUCAGGAAUGACGAACUUCUUUCGGAAUGCCUGGGUCAGGAGCACAAUGUUCCUGCUCACACACCUGGAUCCCAGACACGAUUGGGUUAGGGGGCUGGAGAGAUGCAGCUGUGACUCACUCUGGAGCCAUGGAAGUUGGGAACGAAGAAAGUGUGAGUGGUCAUUGGGUUUGGGACCAACAGCUGUGUAACCUUUGGCAUAUCACUUGAUCUUUCUGGGUUUUAAGUUUCUAUGCCUCUAAAAUGAGGGGUUGUAAUGAUAUGUAAAGAUAUUCCAAGACACAGUGUCUUGGGAUAGGAGAAAAAAUAAAUACCUGAAUAAUAUGUAUGGUAGGUCAUCUUUAUAUUUUAAAUCUUAAAUUAUACAAGUAUGUUUACAUAUAUUCCUAUAUAUAUAUGUAAAUGCUUAGGACAUUAUCUAGAAGAUAUCUACUAAUCUGUUAACAAUGUUUACUUCUGGGAAAAGGGACAGGGAUGGGGAGAGAGGGAAAGGAGAACAUGUAUUUCUCUGUUGCUUGAACUUUUACAAUACGUAUAGGCAUAUAUAUGUGUUACUUGUGUAAUAAAUAAGUAAUAAAGUUGAGGGGUUGAAUUAUCCAAUCCCCAGUAUCCCUUCCUGCUGUCAAAGUGUCCAAAGAACUGCUUUGAGAGCAGUGCCCUUGUUUCCGGGGCCCUCACUUUCGGAAGAGAUCUCGGUCCAAGAGGCCACCACUGCUGGUCUCUCGAACCAUGCGGCGCAUCUGGCUCAUGCAGUCCCAGAGCCGGGGAUCUGACGUCUGCAGUCCAGUGGCCUUCAGUGCCUUCAGGGGAAAGGAGCCUGGUAAGGUCAGCUACAAGGACAAUAAUCUAAUCCUAAUCAUUUUUCCCAAUGGAUAACAAUUAACUCAACCCCAACUACUACAACAGGUGGAAGAAAUGGGUUUGCAGACCAAGAAAGGAUGGAAUAUAACAGUUUUGAAGGCUAAUAGGGGUUUCCUGCCCUUUUUCAUCAAGGCAGCUGGUUUCUGAACCCCUUGGGUCAAAGUCGCAAACCAAAAAGAUGGGCUGAGUCAGAGGGUUGAAUCAUCCCACCUGGGGCAGGGAUGGGAUUGCCUCAUCAGCCUAGGUAUCUGCUAUCAUCAGCUAUUCUUCAUCCUCAUGAAGCAACCCAUUAGCUGCCCUGUACUUGUCCUACCUUCCUUUCCCCAGUUUCCAGAGAUCCUAAGGGAUCAGUGUUCUGAGCAGGUAGAGAGGAACUUACAGUAGUGAACUUGUGGAUAGGGAUUCGUUCCUGUCCCUCAGCAAUAGUGUAGAAGAGCAGAUCACCCAGACGGGACAGCAUGCCACUCUCUGACGAAUCACUGUUUGGGGGCAGAGACAGGGGAGGAGGACAGGAACCUGAGAACUCCUCCCUGCUCCUCCUCCUAGAACAAGGGCUUAGCAGCAGGUAGGUGUCCUCAGUCUACACCUUCUCCCUGAACCAUCUGAUCUACCCCUAUAAUUCCAACCUUCACAUCGGUCCUGAGAAGUCUUAAAUCCUAUUCUCUUUCUUUUGUUCCUAAACUUCAGACAUUUAUUUCUAGUUGCGUUCUAAAUACUUCCAUUUCUAGAUGUCCCAUAGGCACUGCAGACUCAACAUGUCCAAGCCUGAGAUCAUCUUGCCUCCCUCCCUCUGCUCCUCCUCUUGUGAUUCCCAUUUGGAUUAAUAGUGUUACCACUUACCCGGGGGCGGGGGGCAAGCCGGAAAUGUGGAAUCAUUUGGAUAAUUCCCAUACCUUACGUUCAUAACCAACAUUGGAUGAAUCUACCUCCAUAAUGUCUCUCAAAUCCACCCUCUUUUCUUCUCUUCCCCUGUGCUAGCACGGCGUUGUAGAAAGAACCAGUUUGCCUUUAAUAGCUGUGAUCUUAAUAUGGAUAGUAAGUCAGGUUAUUUAAUAAAGCUGAACCUGUUUCCUCAUCCCUAAAAUGAGGGUUUAACAUCUGCUUCACAUGGGUGAUGUGAGGUUUAAUUUAAAUGCCAUUCCAUGAAAAACCAUCUUUCACAAAGUAGAUGCUCAGUAGCUCCUUGUUGUCUGUUACCUAUCUGCUCCUACACUCUCUUGACUUGCAACCCACCUUCUACAAUGUGCCAGUUAUCUUUCUAAAACUCAAAUAUCAUUUCUCUACUCAAAAACCUUUGAUAGCUCCCCAGUGCCUACAAAAUAAGUUCUUAUUCCUUGGUAUGGCAUUCAAGGCUCUUUAAAACCUGUCAAUAUUCCUUUCCUAUUCUCCACUAUGCCCCCAUACUCCAGUUAUGCCAGGUAAUAAAUAGGUGGCCUAGGCACUGUCAGGCUUCCUGGCCCUUGUUGUUUACACUGAAACUUCUGCAUGGAAAGACCUUUUCCUCCUUCACCUGCACAGUCCUGCUUAUCCCUCAAGGUCCAGAUCAAAUGUUACUAACUCUGUAAAGCCUUUCCCAAACUUCUUGAUUUUGCUUAUGCUGCUGGUAUGACACAACAUACCAUCUUAUUGACAGAAGACAAUCUCCCUUGCUCCACUGUUAUGUCUUCGUGUUUUAUACAUCUUUGUCUUCCUAGAACUGAGCAAAGUCCCUAGCACACUACGGAUCUUCAAUAAAGAAUCACCAAGUUACAUUUCUAGGAAUACCCCUGUUCCCUAAAGUAUCUCUCUCACUGGAUUAUAGCACCUAAAAAUACAGGUACUAAAGAUUUUUGAUCUUCAAGAUUUCUUCUAUUAAUAUGUUAACAGAUUUAGAGGAAUUAUUUUAUCAGCUCAUUCCAAAUAUGAUAACUAUGAGAUUAGACCCUUCAAAACCCUUAGAUCCAACAAUUUGACUUCCAGGUAUUUACCAUAUAAGUGUAUUCACGUACCUAAAAGGUAACAUAUUCACAGUCAUUCAUUGCAUUGUUAGUAAUAGUAACACUGGAAACAACCCAAAUGUGCAUCAACAGGGAACUGGUUAGGUAAAUUAGGGUAUAUUCAUAUGAUGGAAUAUUAUGCAAUGUAGAAAAAAGAAAUGAGGGCGUGCUUUAAGUAUUGAUAUGGAAUGAUCUUUAAGAUGUAACAUUAACUAAAAGAAGAAAGCUGUAGAACAGCGUUUAUAGUAUAUGGUACUAUUUAUGCUUAAAAGGGAACAUAUAUAUGUAUGUUUUUUCAGGUACAAAAUAUUUCUGGAAGGAUAUAUAAGAAACCGGUAAGACUGAUUUAGCUCCCUCUAGGGAGAUGAAGCAGGUGCUGGGCAAAAGAAGCAAGAGGGAUACUUCCCACUAUAUAUCUUUUUAUAUAUUUUGAAUUUUGAAUCAUACAAAUAUGUACAUUUUACCUAAUGGAUAUGAUAUAUUGAUAUAUGAUUAUGAAUAUAUUAUCUAUUGAAACAAUGCAUUUAAAAAUAAAGAGCCUC